CUGAGAGGCAGCCUCCAGUCUGGGAGAAUGAAACAGUUGGGAACAUGAGCAGCAGCGUGUGAAAUUGACGCUCUCUGCGAAUGACCAAGGCUCAGGCCCUGGCAGAACCGUGAACGUUUGGCCAGCUUGAUUCGGCCACCUGGCAAGAGCAAUGGUGAUGAGGGCCUUUGUCCUGCUGGCUGUCUUCGCAGAAGCCUCUGCAAGAUCUUGCACUCCAAAUAAAGCAGAUGUCAUUCUCGUGUUUUGCUAUCCCAAAACAAUCAUCACCAAAAUCCCUGAGUGCCCCUAUGGAUGGGAAGUGCACCAGCUGGCGCUUGGUGGGCUGUGUUACAAUGGGGUCCAUGAAGCAGGUUACUACCAAUUUGUAAUCCCAGAUUUGUCACCUAAAAACAAGUCCUACUGUGGAACCCAGUCUGAGUACAAGCCCCCCAUCUACCACUUCUACAGUCACAUCGUUUCCAACGACAGCACCGUGAUCGUCAAGAACCAGCCCGUGAACUACUCCUUUUCCUGCACCUAUCACUCCACCUACUUGGUGAACCAGGCUGCCUUUGACCAGAGAGUGGCCACUGUUCACGUGAAGAAUGGGAGCAUGGGCACGUUCGAAAGCCAGCUGUCUCUCAACUUCUAUACUAAUGCCAAGUUCUCCACUAAGAAAGAAGCGCCUUUUAUCCUGGAGACAUCCGAAAUCGGUUCAGAUCUGUUUGCAGGAGUAGAAGCCAAAGGGUUAAGCAUUAGGUUUAAAGUGGUUUUGAACAGCUGUUGGGCCACACCCUCGGCUGAUUUCAUGUAUCCUUUGCAGUGGCAGCUGAUCAACAAGGGCUGCCCCACGGAUGAAACCGUCCUUGUGCAUGAGAACGGCAAAGACCACAGGGCAACCUUCCAAUUCAAUGCCUUCCGGUUCCAGAACAUCCCCAAACUAUCUAAGGUGUGGUUACACUGCGAGACGUUCAUCUGUGACAGUGAGAAGCUCUCCUGCCCCGUGACUUGUGACAAGCGGAAACGCCUCCUCCGGGACCAGACUGGAGGCGUGCUGGUGGUGGAGCUCUCCCUCCGUAGCAGGGGAUCCUCUGGUCUCUAUAGCUUCUCAGAUGUGCUCUAUCACCUCAUCGUGAUGCUGGGGGUUUGUGCUGUGUUAUAAGGGAGAGCUGGGCAGGCAGAUGCAGCUCCUCCACCAAGACCAUCUCCUCUGUCAAUGACAAACCACAUUUAUUGCGCUGCCAAAAGAGAACAAACAGAAGACCAUAUCGUUGGGGAGCAGAGAAUAGCGCUUGGCCAAAUAUGUGUUCCGGUCAUCUUUGUGAAUUUCAGUGAUCGUUUUUUCUU